AUGGAUUUGCUUGUGGACAGAAUAGAAAAUCCGGGACAACGACGUAAAACGUCGCUGAAGUUCCCGCAAGAAACUCCGAAUGUUGGUAGACAACCUGGAGGAAGUCAACCUUUUGAAGAAGGCAGUAGGCGUAAACCAGAUGUGGUGACAGGCAUUUCAAAAAAUGCCAUGGACCGGCAGCAACCAGAUGGAGAGGUUCGAAGGGUCAGUGUGCCGGUGAUUUCUGUAAACGACAAGCCCGUCAAUCGAGGGACGAGAGCGACAGAGAAAAGGGCAGGUUCUGUGGCUGGGAACUUCGCUCAACCCAAUAGAAGGCCUUCCCACCACAUGACCCCGCGAACUGGAGCCAACGGGGAUUAUACCACAGCUUCAGCCGGCAUGUUUUCAGAUUGUAUGUUUGGUGAAACUGGUCACAAGCCGACUCCUUCGGUGCUGUCAAAGCGUUCAAACAGAUCAGAGUCAACAUCUUCCUCUUCAGCAUCUUCAUCCUCCUCCAUACACACACAUGGUGGACACAAGUCAGAUUACAAAACCGAGCAGUCUAAAAGGAUGCCUACCGUUGCCACAGAAGUGGCGUCUCAAGCUCCAAGUAGUUUGCAGGUUGAAGCAGCGCUGAAUAGAUACUCGUUUCAUAACAGAAAUCCAAACCCAAAUCCAAAACUGCACAAGGGAAAACAAGGAUCAUUUUCCACACCAACAAGCAACGAUGGCAAACGUCUUGUUAAUCAGUUUCUUCGAUCAAUGGAUGUUGCGCCGAAUGCAUCCGGAUUCCACUUCGGUAAACCAGACAAAAUCACCGAAUUUUCAGCGAAUGAGCAAUCUUUGUCUGCAAAUACAACAGAUUUUGACCUGCCAACAAAUGGUUCUUUACAGAACUUACUCUAUCGAGAUUUGGACUCUUUGAGGAGAAAUAAAAACAAACAGCAACAAGUACCGAGAUCACCCUAUGGACAAGGUCAAGCACCUUCAUCCUCAGAAACAUCAUCACAAUUCGCAUUGUAUAACCAGGGUACCCCUGGUUCAUCGUCUAAUUCAUUUGAUACGCCAACGCACUCUACAUCGGUAAAUGAGUCUGAAAAGUCUGUGGCAAUGAAGAGAAAUGGUAGUCUUAGCAACGGCGUUUUCCUCAAUUACAAUGAGGUCGACUAUUACAGACGGCACAUCGGGUCAGAACUGCACAAAUUUGAAGAGAUACUAAAGCAUAACUUGAAAACGGUUAUAAUGAAAAAUGAACAUGACAUGGAAAAAAACUUGUCAAAUUUUGAUUUGUUAACAGCAGAAUUAUCAAGACUAAAAAACAGAGCAAGUGCUUUACAUGAUCAAAUAGCAAACAACGACCUUGUUAAGCUACGAAAAGAUUUUGAAAAAAAUGAUAAGGAUUCCUUUUUAGAAGUGCUUACAACAUCCACAAACUCAAACGCAGAGAAAUUAGAGGAGCUCGAGAAGAGGAUUAAUAUUUGUAAGCAAAAACUUUUCCAACAAAGAGACACUUUACGAAAGCUGGAAGGAUUGCUGACAUUGGAGGAUUCACUUUUGGAUUCAAAAAAAACGUCAAAUGUAGCCUACAGAUAUAGAUAUAUUGUUAUCGAUAUAGGAGUUAUGGCGGCUUUAAUUGGAUUUUCCCUUCUCGUCAAAUGGCUCUUUUGGAACCAUUAUUAG